CCGCGGGCCCCUAUCCGUCCGCGGCCGGACGCUCUCCUGGGCGGGCCUGGGCUCCGAGGGCAUGUGGUCCGGGACCAGCGCUUUCGAUUCUCAGGGGAGCCGGGCCGAGGAGCGCAGGGGGCGGUGUUGGAGGUCCAAGUCCCGCAGGUUCUACAUCUUCAAUAUGGAAUGUACGUCUGGCCCUGUGCUGUGGUUCUGGCUCAGUACCUGUGGUUUCACAGAAGAUGUCUGCCAGGCAAAGCUGUGUUAGAGAUUGGAGCUGGAGUGAGCCUUCCAGGAAUUCUGGCUGCAAAAUGUGGUGCCAAAGUAAUAUUGUCAGAUAGCCCUGAGCUGCCUCACUGCUUAGAAAUCUGUCGGCAGAGUUGCCAGAUGAACCACCUGCCAGAGGUACCUGUUGUAGGACUAACAUGGGGUCACAUAUCCAAGGAUCUUCUGGCUCUACCACCACAAGAUAUUAUUCUUGCAUCUGAUGUGUUCUUUGAACCAGAAGACUUCGAAGACAUUUUAACUACAGUAUACUUUCUGAUGCAAAAGAAUCCAAAGGUCCAGUUGUGGUCUACUUACCAAGUUAGAAAUGCUGACUGGUCACUUGAAGCUUUGCUCUACAAGUGGGAUAUGAAAUGUGUCCAUAUUCCUCUGGUGUCUUUUGAUGCAGACAAAGAAGAUAUAGCAGAAUCUGCCCUUCCUGGAAGACAUACUGUUGAAAUGCUGGUCAUCUCCUUUGCAAAGGAGAGUCUCUGAGUUAUAUACCCCAACAAGCUUUUCUAGGACAAUGUCAAUAUUAAUUAGCAACCUGGCACGUUAAAAGCCACUUCAGCUUGAGAAAAUGCAGCUGGGGUUUAAAGAUGGUCACAUCUGCUGGCCUUAAGAUUACAGAGGGUUGCCUAGAUUACACUCCCAGGCAACAUAACCAAGAAAACAAAAAUUAAAUACCUAUUAAGAAAAAGUUUGAUCAUUCUUUGUAAAUAGGGCACAAAUUGGGCCAACCAAAAGAUACAACUGAAAGAAAAUGCUACCU